AUGUCGGCGAAAUGCUUGACGAAGACUGGACUCCGUUUCCAAUCCCGUCCUCGGAUCUUCGUCACCUUGCUCUCGACUUUUCUCCAUGGCCAGUACCGACAAUUCCCACAACUUCAACAGCUCGUCAACCCGGAUCUGCCCAUUUCAAUCCCCUACCGCGCCAAUGCGACCUUUGUGAUGUUGUGCAGGAACGAAGAACUUCAGGGUGUGCUGUCCAGCAUUCGGCAGAUCGAAGACCGAUUCAACCGAGACCACGACUACCCAUGGGUGUUGCUGAACGAUAAACCCUUCGACGAGGAAUUCAAGAGGAGAGUUUCAGUCAUCACCAAAGCACCCGUUCACUUUGGUUUUAUUCCCCCCGAAAUAUGGAAUCAACCGGAUUCAAUUGACGAGGAACGAGCGGCGGCUGGUCGAGCCAAACUCAAGGCUGAGGGUAUCAUCUAUGCUGGUAUCGGAAUAUGUGCCGAUUCAAUUCGGGGGGUUGAGUAUGUGCUAUUGUUGAGCCAUAAUCAGUGCACCUCUUUAACGUCCUCUUCCAGACCAAACGUCGACUACUUCUGCAACCUCAACUAUGACCCCUUCGAGUUUAUGGAGAGGAAUAACAAGACCUACGGCUUCACAAUCUCGCUACUUGAGUGGCAUCAGACUAUUCCGACGCUAUGGGACUCCGUGAAAGAAUUUAUCGAGGCCAAUCCUCAAUUCGUUCACCCUAACAACGCCAUGAAUUUCGUUUCGAAUAACGGAGGAAAGACGUAUAACCAAUGCCACUUCUGGAGCAACUUUGAGAUAGCCGAUAUGGACUUUUGGAGAGGGGAAGCCUACUCCAAGUUUUUCGAUUUUCUAGAAGAAAAGGGUGGGUUUUACUAUGAGCGAUGGGGAGACGCUCCAGUGCACAGUAUCGCAGUUUCGUUGUUUGCCCCAAAGGACAGCAUCCACUACUUCUACGAUAUCGGAUAUAGACACGAUUCGUUCCAACAUUGCCCAUCCGGGAACACCUGGCGUGAAGGAAGCUGCUCGUGUGAUCCCACUGAAACAUUCAAGAUGACGAGGGAAAACCGCGAUGAUAUACUAGAUACCGUCAUGCUCAAUGGUCCGGAUAAGCGCCUGUGGGGUCAACUCGUGGAUGGCCGAAGCACGGAGAUUAAGCGGACCGGUAAUUGA